AAACUCUUUUAAAAUCUUACCAUAUCGAUCAAAACAGAAUCGGAAACAAAACUAACAUUCUAAAAUUUUGGAAAUCCAUGGAAUCAACUCACCCUGAGCUACAUGAAUUAGCAAAAGUUGUUUUUUCCGUGCCCGGGACGCAGGUCAGUGUGGAAAGACUAUUUUCUGGUCUGAAAUUCAUUUUGUCACCUUACAGAACUAACAUUAGUUCAAGUAAUUUGGAGGACCAAUUACUUGUACGGACCAAUAGGCUAUUUGAAAAAAAAGAGACCGUAAAAUUCAUGAGUGGAAAUCCAAUUACUGGACAAAAUGUUAAUCAAAAUCUUGAUAAUACCAGCCCAGCAAUGAAACGUAAAAAAAAACAAAUGUUAUUAACCAAUAUGAUUACUUGAUUUAUUUUUAUUUUUAAU